GUGAUACUUUUGAAUAAAUAAAUCCAAAAAGAUAAAGGUUAAAAAAUUCUACUUUAAGCUUACAGUGUUACAGUUAUUUAUGACAAAGAUUUUUUUGUGAUAUAUCAUUACUUAGUUGCAUCUACCACUUAGUCGAUUUUGUAAAAUGAGCUCGAAAAGACGAACUUCUCAGAGUGAUAGGUCUGAAAGUAGCCAAAAGAGAACAAGAAAUCUUGAAAUAACUUACUUUCAGAAAAUCUUAGAGGAAAGUGGGCUUACCUUAAAAGAUCCACCCGAAAAAAUUAUAGCAAAACAUGAAACUAUUUUUAUAAAACGCAACAUUAAAAAGAAUCUUCAAAAGCAUUUUGACUACCCCAGAAAUGCUUCAGAAUUUAUUGGAGAUUUGACUAAGAAAUGCGAAAAACUUGAUACUUUUAAACAUUACUUAUUUCCGAAUGUUGUAAAAAUUGUAGACAAUGGUUUAAGUGAACAUUUGAUUCGUGACAGUGUACUAAAAAUAUUACUUGGCGUGCCAAUUCUGCAGCGGAAAAUAAUUGAUUAUAUAUUUACAAGGGCUGUUGAUUUGGUAAUUGAAUCAAAUUGCUUGCCUUGGAUACAAAUGAUUUUAAAAUGUGUCUCAUCUUUAGAUUGCCUAGUUAAUAGUGAAGUAUUGGCUUCACAUCUUAUUGACUUACUAGAAAUUUCUACAGAAAAAAUGGUGCGCCUUGAGAUCAUAACAGCCAUUCCUGAUAUUUUAGGUGACCAGGAACAUAACAAUGUAGCAAUUGAGUUAUGUAGAAUAUUAAGUCAGGAUCAUGAUCUGAUCCCCGCUGUUCUGGAUUGUGUUUCAAAUCUUUGCCUCUCAGAUGAGCAGUAUGAACUAAUUCAAGAGAAAACUUUGGAUAUUCUGCUGGGUUUGUCUAAAUGUACUUACUUUCCAUGUUUUGUAAAAGUUCUACUUAUGCGUGGUAGAAUGAAUGAAAAUGGCUACUUAAAAGCUGUACAAGGAUUAAGAAAUGCUAUAAGUUGGCCUACAACUUUAGCAUCACCCCAAGAGAUUGCAUCAAGUCAAGUACUUACAGCAAAUGCUAUUAGAAAUUCAAUGGUUUCUUGUAAACUGAUCUCUAACGCAUGGUUAAAAGUCAUCGCAAAUUGUAAAAUGAAUACAGACCACAAACCAUUUGAUUUUAUUAUUGUGCUUAUUUUAUAUUCAACAUCUGAAGAAAGGCAAAAGCAAUUGGAAAAUCUAUUAAAGAAACAAAUAAAGUUAAAUGUUUUGAAGGAGAAUUUAUUAGAUGAUGUAUUUGAGAAAUACAAACCAAUUUUAAAAAGUCAUUUGAAAGACUUGAUUGCCUUGACAAGUAUUCUUCUAAAAUCUAAAGCAGAUCCUAUACUACAGUCAUUUGCUUCCCGCAUAUACAUGUUGAUGUUAUCCAAUUUGGAUGAAUAUUGCCAAACUGUUGUUGCUGAACUUCUUCAGUUAGGUUUGUACUGUAAACCAGUUCUUGUGAAUGUACUUGAAAUAUUGAACAAUGUUGCAUCCAAAGAUAUAUCACUGUUAAAGCCUCAGUGCCUUCAAAUGCUAACAUUGCUGGACAGAAUGGACGAUAUGACAUUAGGAGAAAUAAGAUCAGUGAUGAAUUUAAUUUGUGCCCUUGCAUACAAAUGUGAAAACUCCCUUAUUCGAGAUGAUAUUCACAUGAUUAUUAGAAAAGAACUAAGCAGCUCCAAACCAUUAAUAAAAACACAAGGAAUCCUUGCUGGUAUCCAUGCAGUGAAAUAUUUAAUGACAAGUAGUAGCAAUGAGAAUGAUACAUUAGAAGUGCCAGGUAACAUUAGUUAUUCAUCUUUCUCUCAUUUAUCAGAACUUGAUCUUCGAGAAGCAGCACAAAUUAUUGAACUAAUAAGUCGCAGUACCCAACAUUUUCCUGAAAUGAUAGCUUUGUACUAUGAUGAAUUGUGUUGUAUCAUCAAUUCUGUAGAUCAAAUUAACAAAAACUUUUUGGCAUGGUUGACUGAUGCUGUUACUAAUGAUUUAGAAAAAAACUUUAUUGUUGAUUCUAUAGAGCUAGAAAGAAUAGGUGAAAUAAAGUUAUCAAUGCAAUAUGGUUUGUUAGAUGAAAGUGAUGUUGACCAAUUAAUAGCUAUUAACAUUGCCGGGUUGGCACUUAACAAUAAAGGAGACGUUAGUGCUGCCAUUUUAUCUCCACUGUUCAAACUUGUUCAAACAUUGCGUUAUACACAAGAUGAAGGAAAACUUUCUAGUAUAGAUGCAUUGUUAGGGUGUCCGAUUGUUAUGCCAAAGGUUAAUAUUGAUGAAGUUAGAGAAAUGGAAACUAAUACUAUAUCCUCCAUUAUAGACUGCUUACUUUACUGUGUAAAUUGGUUUAGGGAACUACUCAAUGCCUUUGCAACACAAACUGAUUCAAUUCUUAGAGAACAUAUGUUUAAGAGAAUAGCCAAUAUUGAAGAAUUAGAAGAUAUGAUUGUUAAAAUUUUAACAUUAUCCAAGAUAUCUUAUAAGCCACCAAAACAUAUUUUGUGUGCUAAUGUUAGUUGCACCGGAAAAACACCUACAACUUUAGAGAAUAAAAAACAAAAGUUGAAUGACACAGCAUUGCCUGAGACAUUAAGAUCACAAUUUACUCAGGAUAAACAUGCUUCAGUAAAAAAUCAACUUCAACUUAUGCAAAGUUUACCUGUCAGGAAAAUGAACUUGAAUCUAAUUAAUUUACUAAAUAUUGAUCUUCAAGAAGACGGAGAAAUGGUAAAAAUUUUACAAUUCCUAUUGAAAUCUAUUAAACAGUACUUAGAAGAAACAUUGGUAUCAAAAAUUAAAAGACACACUUUUCUGUCAAAACAAGAAACAAGUGAAGUAUACGAUGCCAAAAAGGCAGAAGAGUGUGCAAACUCAAUUAAUAAAACUUUACCAAAAUUAAUGAACCAUAUUAGUGCCAUUACAGAUUACUUAAAUAAAAAUGUUCUCCAAAUGAAUGAAAUUGAUUAUUGUAUGAAAACUAUUGAGCACCUUAGUUGUUUAGAGAUUAUUUAUAACAUUCUAACUAUUUAUUUCAAAUGGAUUGGAUUUAAAAAUCAACACAGUACUUUACUCAAGACUUCUUUAAGAACAGUAGCCAGUGCAGAAUGUAAAGAUACUGUGUCACUAAAAGAUUGUGUGUUAAAUAUUGCCGAAUAUUUACAAAAACAUGAGAAGUAUUGCGUUCAAAUUUCAAUAGCUGCAGCAUUAUUGGAGUUUCUAAUAGUUUUACAGGAGCAUUAUAAUGAUGUACAAUUAUCUAAAAUCUUAAGAAAUGUUGCCUCGAACUUUUUAUCUAUACAUUGGAAAACACCUGAUGGGUCAGUAGAAAAAGGACUUUUGUUCAACCAGAGUGUAGAUAGAAUAGCUAGCACAUACCUAAUUAAUAACGAAAUUGUGACUCUUAAAGCAAUAACAAUAGAACUUGCAGCUGAUAUUCAACAUCUGAAAAGUAAAAAUGACACACUCAGCAAAUUUAAAUCCAUUAAUAAAGGAAAUUUUCCUGUUCUGUACAGAAAUUUAGGCAGUGCACUAUGUGAAGUAACAAAGACUCAUUUAAACCAGGGCUUGAGUAAUUCUGAACACCUAAACCUUUGGAAAGACGUAGCUACCAUACUGAAAUGUAUGUCUGAUAUUUCUAAAAGUCUUGAAAAUAGAAAUAAUUUAUCUGCAUUUUUAAAAAAAUCUAUACCUAUUAUCAAAAUGUUUAUAUCUCAAGGUCUCCCCAUAAUAGAAGUGGAAUUUAAAAGUAACACCCAAGAAAUAUUGGAAAUAUUAAAACUCCUCCAGCAAUCAACAAGGUUUUUACAAUCUUUGUGCUGUCACUCAAGGUUGAAAAAAGAUACAGUAUUAAUGAGCAAAGUUCCAUAUAUAAGGCAGUUGCUCGAAACUUUAAUUUACAAAGUAAAAGCUGUACUAGUGGCUAAUAAAUGUUCAGAAGCAUUCUGGUUGGGUAAUUUAAAAAAUAAAAAUAUUCAUGGUGAAGUAAUUCAAACACAACAAAGUGUUGAGAGUGAAGACACAGUUGAAGAUUGUGAUGAUCAGCUUCCAGAAGAUGUAGACGUAGACGACAGUGAUGACGAAAUGUUAGACCCAGAUUCUAAAAGUGUUAGCGACAUAGUUUAACAUGUUAUUGAAU